AUGUUCUCAAACAAUGAUGAAGCUGUGAUCAACAAAAAACUUCCAAAAGAGCUGCUGCUUCGAAUUUUCUCUUUCCUGGAUGUGGUCACUCUGUGUCGUUGUGCUCAAGUUUCCAGGGCAUGGAAUGUUCUGGCCCUGGAUGGCAGUAACUGGCAGCGAAUUGACCUGUUUGAUUUCCAGAGGGAUAUUGAGGGCCGGGUAGUUGAGAAUAUUUCUAAAAGAUGCGGGGGUUUCUUGCGGAAGUUGAGCCUGCGUGGCUGCCAAGGAGUGGGAGACAAUGCAUUAAGGACAUUUGCACAAAACUGCAGAAAUAUUGAAGUAUUGAACCUAAAUGGCUGUACCAAGAUCACAGAUGCUACGUGUACGAGCCUCAGUAAGUUCUGCUUUAAACUCAGGCACCUUGAUUUGGCUUCCUGCACUUCCAUAACCAACCUGUCUCUGAAAGCGCUGAGCGAGGGAUGCCCACUGCUGGAACAGCUGUAUAUCUCCUGGUGCGACCAAGUGACUAAGGACGGCAUCCAGGCUCUGGUGAGAGGCUGUGGGGGACUCAAAGCCCUGUUUCUGAAAGGCUGCACGCAGCUUGAGGAUGAAGCUCUGAAAUACAUUGGUGCACAUUGUCCCGAGUUGGUGACUUUAAACCUUCAAACAUGCUUACAAAUAACAGAUGAUGGUCUCAUUACAAUAUGCAGAGGAUGCCACAAGUUACAAUCCUUGUGUGCUUCGGGCUGCUGUAACAUCACAGAUGCCAUCUUGAAUGCCCUGGGGCAGAACUGCCCACGGCUUAGAAUAUUAGAAGUUGCAAGGUGUUCUCAACUAACAGAUGUGGGCUUUACCACUCUAGCUAGGAACUGCCAUGAGCUUGAAAAAAUGGACCUGGAAGAGUGUGUCCAGAUAACAGACAGUACACUAAUCCAGCUUUCCAUACACUGUCCACGGCUUCAGGUUCUGAGUUUGUCCCACUGUGAGCUGAUCACGGACGAUGGGAUUCGUCACUUGGGAAACGGCGCCUGCGCACACGACCGCUUGGAGGUGAUCGAGCUGGACAACUGCCCUUUGAUCACGGACGCCUCCCUGGAGCACCUGAAAAGCUGCCACAGCUUGGAGAGGAUAGAACUGUACGACUGUCAGCAAAUCACACGGGCAGGGAUCAAGAGACUCAGGACCCAUUUACCCAAUAUUAAAGUCCAUGCCUACUUCGCGCCUGUGACUCCACCUCCUUCGGUCGGGGGCAGCAGACAACGCUUCUGCAGAUGUUGCAUCAUCCUAUGA